GUGUCUGAUCUAGCAUGAAAUUUAGCGCUGAGAGUGUACACAAACUUCUUGGAAGUGAGCUGUUUGAAGGAAUUUAUGACGGUACUCGUGAAUAUGUUUUUCCCAACCUAAACCCUUCCUCAAAUAAGGGUGCGUUAGAUGCUAACAAUCAACAAUUUGUUACUUCUAUUUAUCGCAAUUUAAGGAGAAUAAUAAUUACCCUCAAUCCAGCUAAAAACAUUGCGGAUGUGAACAAUAAAGCCAAUAAUGAUUCUACAGGAACGACUUUGGAGUUGCUCUUGGAUCAGCCUUUAGUAACGUUCAUUAACAAAGAAGAUUGCAAGAAAAUAGGUGUUUUAGAUAAAUACGAUUGGGAUUCCAACAUAAAUGUUGAUAAAUCCUUGAAAGGAAGUGUCGAUGUUCUCUUACAACCGCUACUACGCCUACUUCUUAAGACAGGGGACUAUGUUACUACAUCUUGCUGCUCAGGAAGAAUAUCAAUAUUUGAAAACAGUGAAAACGAUCUUCUAAUUCAUUCAAGAGGUCAAAAUAUAUAUGGUCGUUCGGGAAGGAUAUUAUUUUCUAGUCAUUGUCACGUGAUUGAUAGUCAUAUAGAUAAUAUCAACCACAUUUUAACUUCUCAUGUGUCAGAAAAGCACAUGUGCUAUAGAAAUGAGGGUGUAGAAAAUGAUAAUAUAAGGUCUGAUGCAUCUUCGUUUGAUGCGGAAUGGGAUACAAGUAGUUCAGAUGUUGAAUAUAAUGCAGAAAAGCAGGUUAUUAUCAAAUUUGAACCAUUUAUUAUCCAUGUUGAAUGUAAAGAUAUUCCGUCUGCUCUCAGGCUAUUGCGAAUAUGCAAAUUUUCUGGACUAAAACAAUCUGGCAUUGUUUCAUAUUCGAAUAGACUAAUCUUAGCCAUUCGUGGUAUAUCUGUUUUGGAAUCCCCAAUCUUGCACCGAUGUUAUAGAGAAAUAAGGGAUGAGAGUGGAAAUGUUAAAUCGCAAAUAUUCGAAUCUUCAAACUGGCUAGUUGCACCAUCAUAUUUCAGGUAUCUAAUAAGUACAUGUAAUCAGAAACUGACUCAGAAUAUGAGACAAAUAGUUAGAUUUUACUGGAUAUGUAGGAAUGAGUUUAGUGAAUUAUAUGACUUUGUACCAGUAGAUACAACUUCAGAUUCUACGAGCGAAAUUAUACUACCUAUCAAUAAUGAAGCCAAAUACGUCAUUAGAUGUAAUACAUUUGGAGAAAAUGUUGGUAAGAUGUUAUCACUUCAAAGAUAUAAGUGCUGUGUGGCUAGUAAUGGUAGAUUUGUCUGCUUGUUUGGUGGAUACUCUAGGGGUAAUUCCAAUGAUAUCGCACUUUUUGAUCUAAAAAAUGUUAACGGUGGUUUCAAGAUUAUGCAUACAAUAAAUGGGCCUGAUUGCUUUAAGGAUGCUUCCAUUAUUUCUGAUAAAAAAGCAAAUUUCAUCAUAGUAGGUGGAAGAACAAGCGUUAUGAGCAUUUCUAGUGAUGUAUGGGUACUUCAAAUUUCUGAUAAUAUGCAAACAAAUUGGGUUAAAUGUAAAUGUGAAAAUACAAGAUCUUUACCAAAACCUAGGUUCCGUCAUGCCAUUUGUUUGAAGGAAAGUGAUUGUUCAUCCACCGUUUUUUAUAUGUCUGGUGGUGUUUCUACGGUAAAACCUAUAGAUGAAGGACUAAUUAGUGAUAUUUGGGAAGGAACAAUAGAUUUUACCCAUAAAAAUGGUGUUUUAACGGACGCAGUCAUAAAAUGGGUUUGUCUGUCGGAUGCACAAUCAGGUUCUGUUGGUUGGUGUUCUGGCACAAUUUUUCAUUCGGUUAGCCUGAAUUCUAUAGUUUUUGUAGGUGGUUACUUAUCUCAUAGAAGCACAUUUUCUACAACACCAAAACAUAUAGAAGAACUUUAUGUUUUUAAUCUUUCAUCUUUGGAGUUUUCUAAUAUUAAUGUAAGAUCUGCUAACGAAUUUAUUUCAAAAAAUAAUAGUAAAUCUGAUGACCUUCAUAUUUACCCGUUGCAGCGUAUGGCUCACUCCAUGGUUCAGAUAUCCAAUGAUGAGUUUAUAGUUUUGGGUGGUAUUGUAUCUGGACAUUUUAUUAAUGACAUUUGGUACCUAAAUGCAAAGUAUUGGUUUUGGUAUUGUAUUGGAGCAUUACCUUCGGUAAGAACACAUGCCAGAUGUGGUUUAGCAUUCGUAAAUUUUAAAUUGGAUGGGUGUGAACACAGAGAACUCUGGACAUUGGGUGGCGGUUCGAUGAUUGCUGUUUUCGGAACUCAUUUUGAUCCACCAAGUAGGCUUAUAGUAUCGUGCACUAAGAAAUGCAAAAGAAGCGUACUAUUAAAAACUAACACACAACUGUCUGUAUUAUGCGUUACUGCCAAAAAUGCCAUAAAAAAAGUGAAGCAGUUUUUGGAGGAUAAUAAGAUAUAUGAUAAGCAUAGAAAAAUAGUAUACAUAGAUAGGAACCAAUAUAUAAGGAUCUAUUUGUACAAUGAGUUUCGUGUUAUUACACCAUCUGAUGUUUUGGAAUAUAAUAUAUGUGCUCUUGUACCCAUAUAUACUACAAACUUGGAUUUAAUUAACGGAAUUGAUGAGGAAUUGAAAAGACAUUUAUUUUUUGAUGCAGGAGAUUGUGUAUUUCAGGCAAAUUUGAUGGACUUUGAGCGUUUGGAAUUGCAAAAAGAGAAGAGUGAUGUCUGUUCGCAGCUAAAGAUUCUAGUGACAAAGACAUUGAAUGGCUGCGUAAAAAAUCUCGAAUUUCCAAAAAAGUAUGACAAGAUAGGUGAUGCGCUCAUAUUUUCCAAGAAAGAAAUGGUCACGAUUGCGAGUGUUAUGGAUCAUUCUUCGUGGUCUUUUAUAGCCAAGGAAUUGGGAGUCACUUCUAUUGGAAUAAUAGAUGAAAUUGUUGGUGAAAAACGUAUCCCAGAACUACAACUUUUAUUUGGUGAUGGCAAUGUCAAGCAAAAGGAAAAUGGAGUAUAUUAUCUGUUUAAUAUAGAAAAGAAUAUGUUUUCCUCUGGAAAUGGAACAGAAAGAAUAAGAAUUCCUAAAAUGUAUUUUGGGUAUUUAAAUACAAGUCAACAAGAAAGUAUAAAAAAACCUGAAAUAGUUGUCGACUUAUUUUGUGGCAUCGGAUAUUUUGUAUUACCACUCUUAAAAUAUACUGAUUCCAGUAGAGUUAAGCAAGUUUUCGCUUGCGAUAUAAAUCAUGAUGCUAUAGAUAAUUUGAACUCUGGAGUUAAGUAUAACGGUAUUCAAGAAGAUAGGGUAGUUACCCAUGUUGGAAAUUCAGAGUUUUUUGGGAUAGAUUUUGGUUUUGAGUUUGUAAACAAAGCGCAUAGAGUAUUUUUGGGAUUAAUCCCAUACAGUGAAUGUGCAUGGGAAUCCUCUCUGCGCGCUAUAGAUAAAGAAUAUGGAGGGAUGAUACAUGUUCACGGGGUCUCAGAGUUAAUCGUUCUGCAAAGCAUUUCAUAUUUCAAAUUAAUAAAGAGCACUGAGAAAUGGCCAAUAUUAGAUGAAGGAAACACCAGUGUCUGCAAACCGAGCAGAAGCGAAGCUUGGAAAACACAGUUUCCACAACAUGUCUUAAAAUCAUUUCAUGAACUCUGUAAAUCCUCCCCAAUUAUGGAAGGAAGGUCUUGGACACUCGAGAUUUUACACGUAGAAGUUGUGAAGAAAUAUUCUCCAUACAAGUAUCAUAUUGUCGUAGAUCUUAACAUCACACCUUGCCAAUAA